AUGACGGAGCGGAAGGUGGCGGAGCUGGGUCCCGGGACGGCGUGCUGCGGCUGGAACCACUGCGGCCGCCGCCUCGCCGCUGGCGCCGUCGACGGCUCCGUCUCCGUCUAUGACUCCCAGCCGUCCCCCUCGUUCAAGUGGCAGGCCCAUGAGCAAGCCAUUGUGAAUGUCGUCUGGCUUCCUCCAGAGUAUGGGGAUGCUAUAGCUUGUGCUUGUGCUGAUGGGACACUGUCUUUGUGGGAGGAGGUUGCUGCUGAUGAUCAACUUCCAACCUGGAGAAAGUGUAAAAUCUUUGAGGAUGGCAACUCUCAUGUACUAAAUGUACAUUUUGGAUUACAUCUGGGAAGUCUGAAAAUGGUUACUGCAUACUCAGAUGGCCAAGUCAAGGUCUACGAGCUCUUGGAUUCAUUGGAAUUAGACAAGUGGCAGCUUCAGGCAGAGUUCCAAAACAUUACUGAUCCAAUCUCCAGAUUUGGAAAACCUGCAUGCACUUCUGCAUCGAUAGCAUGGAAUCCAAGAAGAGGUGGAAGCCAACAAGCUAGUUUUGCAAUUGGCUUCAAUUCAGAUUCGCCUCAUUUCAACUCUUGUAAGAUUUGGGAGUUUGAAGAAGCUCAUCAGCGCUGGCUUCCACUUGUUGAGCUAGGUUCACCUGAGGAUAAGGGAGAUAGAGUGUGUGCUGUAGCAUGGGCUCCUAACAUUGGCAGACCAUACGAGAUUAUCGCAGUUGCAACCUGCAAAGGAAUUGCAAUCUGGCAUAUAGGUUUGAACACUGACGCUGAUAGUGGACCUUCGACACGGAACGUUGCUUUACUUAACGGCCACAAUGGCGAGGUGUGGCAACUGGAGUGGGACAUGGGCGGUAUGACACUCGCAUCAACCGGAGGAGACGGCAUGGUUAAGCUAUGGCAGGCUAAUUUGGAUGGAGUUUGGCACGAGCAAGCUGUUCUUGACUGCAGUGGAUCACAUGUCUAG